AUGGUCGAAAUGGAACCAUUACCAAUAUUUGAACGUUUGGAAUCAAUUUGUAUUAUUUGGUUUAUCUUAGAAUAUGUCCUAAAGAUGUUAGUUAGCUAUGAUCGGAUGACAACAUUUUUACGAUUAAUGAAUAUUAUCGAUUUAUUGGCAAUACUUCCAUUUAUCAUUGAAAUUGCACUUAGUUUAUUUGGAUUUAAUACCAAAAAUAUACGCGAUCUUAAG